AUGGCCUUUAUCAAAGGCAGACAGAUCAUGGAUGCAGUGCUGAUUGCAAAUGAAUGUGUGGAGUCUAGACAGAGAAGCCAGAAACCAGGAAUUCUAUGUAAGCUAGAUAUACAGAAAGCAUAUGAUCACUUGAAUUGGAAUUUUCUUGUUCAAAUGCUACAGAAGAUGGGUUUUGGUGCCAGAUGGAUUAGAUGGAUAAAGCAAUGCAUUAGUACAGUCAGAUUCUCUGUCUUGAUUAACAGAACCCCAAAUGGCUUUUUCCCCUCUCAGAGGGGUUUGAGACAAGGAGACCUUUUAUCCCCAUUUCUCUUCAUCUUAGCAAUGGAAGGUUUGAGUAACAUGAUUCAAACAGCAAAGGUAAAAGGUUGGGUCCGGGGAUUUCAGGUGGACAACAGAUUAGUAAAUAACUUGGAAGUAACUCAUUUGCAAUAUGCAGAUGAUACAUUGGUUUUUUGUGAGGCAGUGGAAGAACAGAUACUGGUUCUGAGGGUCAUCUUCAUCAUAUUUGAAGCAGUAUCAGGGCUACAUAUCAACUGGGGGAAAAGCUUCAUUUAUCCCAUCAAUGAAGUAACAGAUUUGGAAAGUUUGGCAGAAAAGUUGGGAGGUAAAGUAGGAGAACUUCCAACAACAUAUCUACAUGCCUUUGGGAGCAAAAAGCAACGUAAUGAAGACAAGAAAAAGUUCCAUCUGGUCAAUUGGGAGGAAGUAACAGUGAACAAGAAAGAAGGAGGUGUGGGGAUCAGAGACAUGAAAAUGCAGAACAGAAGUUUGAUGAUGAAAUGGUUAUGGAAAUUUGCAACAACUGACAAUAUGCUAUGGAAGGAGGUCAUCUCUGCAAAGUAUGGUAUAGAGAAUAGCUGGAUGACAAAUGUGGUGACAAUACCAUAUGGUUGUAGUGUAUGGAGAACAAUCAGAAAUCUAUGGCCUUUAAUCAUAAACAGAUCCAGGUUCAAAGUUGGCAAUGGCCUGAAAUUUUCCUUCUGGGAUGACAAGUGGAUUGGUCAUGAACCUCUAAAGCAACUCUAUCCAGAUCUAUACACAUUAUGCUUUCAACAACAAGCUACAGUUGCUGAAUUAUGGACAAGACAAGGUUGGAAUUUACACCUCAGAAGACAUUUAAAUGACUGGGAAAUGGAAAGAAUAGCGGCCUUCUACUCCACAGUUGAUCAAUUCAAUAAUUUAAUAGGAGAAAGAGAUACUAUGGUUUGGAAGAUAGACAACAAAUGUUUGUUCACUGUAAAUUCUGCUUAUAGAGACCUGAACACAUCAAACAACCAGGAGUUAUGGAAGAUAUUCAUCAGUCUGAGGAAGAUCAAGUGGGUGAAGCCAGGGAGCAUUAAAGGAGUUCUUAGCUGCUGGAACAGAGAUGGCAAUGCUGCAAGACAGGAAGAGAGAUGGAAAAUUGUCCCAGCAUGUGAUGGCACAAUUAGUUCCUUGUCAAUUGACCUCAUUGAACUUUUAGAUAUUAGCAUGAAAUUUUAUGUUAAGGAACAAAUUGAGUUGCAUAUGACUCAAUGCAACGAAUCUGAAACUUCCCCUGAUGAUAUUAUUGGCAAGUUGUUUGGGCCAGAGCAUUCAGGGAGGGUCUCUCGUUUGGAGUACCAAUUAGAAGGAACUUUGAAUGCUUUGAAGACUUACAUGAUAUCAAAGGAAGGAAGUGUUCCUGAUGAAUUUGUUGGUUUGUUUGCUCCUCAGCCACAACCGGGUAAUGCAGAGAGUGAGCCUACUUCACCUGUGGAUGUAAGAGGAUCAUCGGAUGGCAGCAAUGCGAAUGACCAAGAAAAUACUUAG